AUGCUCGACAUCGUCAUGCUCCAAGUUGAACUCGGAAAAGUCAUUGAAGGGGUUAUUCGGAAAAAGGUGAUGGAUUGAUGGAUCUUUCCCGCUUUUUUCUAUGUUGACUGAUGAAAAGCAUUCCAACGAUUGAAAGACAAAAGGGUUGCGAAAAUGUCGAUGAAGAAAUACAACAUCACAUACAUCAUCAAACGGCGCAAGACGUAUUCCCAAAAUAUUUCAUCAUCAUCUCAUUAAUAAGAACAUACUUGAUAUUCUUAAAGUUAAAUUGGAUCAGCUAUCAAUUUUUUGAACAAGAAGAUGAAUUAAGAAUACUGUGAUAAAGUUUCAUUUGAAGCAGCGUUUUCAGGAAGAAUGGGAAUUGAUUGGUAGUCGGACCUAUUCCUGGAAGGGAUCACAAGUUCUCCGUUGUAAGCGCUGGGACAAGGUGGCAGUCAGGUAGAAAACUCCUCGUUCCAAGUAGGAGAACUUUUUUGCGUUCAGAUGGCAUCUCUCUACGUGCACGACUGACCGAGAAUGUAGCGGCGGCAGCAACGUCGACUUGGCCGAAACUCCUCAAAAGUUUUCCGAGCUGCCAGUCUGGCGCAACGCCUUCACUUAUGCUCAGCUUCCAACUGAGAAGGUUGAUCCUAUUCUAGUUUUCGUCGUUAUAAAAAAAAUUUUUUUUUUUUGCUGAUUGAAUUUUUUGGACACCUUUUUAGGAGUCUUUUCUUCGAUUAGGCCUCAACGGCUACGACAGAAGGAAAGUUUUUGUGAAAGCCUUUUCGCCUCUGAAAAUUGACGUUGAUUGGCAAUGGAUAGUCGGCCGCGACGGCUGCAACAACUUUACCGUCAGGUGACCCUUUUUUUAAAAGUAAAUGAAAGAUCUAUUGCAGAAUGUCCGCCAUGAGCACAAUAAACGAAAAGUCGCGAGCAAAACUCGGGGAAUUCUGUCGUUUGUUCGACAUGGAUGGUUUCGUUGACUGCGACAAUCUAUGA